AUGACAGAGGUUGCGGCUUUGGCUGUGCCGCAGCAGCUCUCGACAGCUUCGGACGCGACGACCCCCCGACCGCGACAACAUAGCCGCCCAAGUUUCGACAUCUCGCUCGUCUGCAGCAACGGUUGUUAUGAGUUCGACCGGAUCAUCAAAUGCGGCUACGUGGAAAAGCGAACCAAGACGAAGCAAUGGAAGCCAGUAUAUCUAGUUCUGCGGCCCGGCUACCUGUCCAUAUAUAAGAACGAAAAGGAAACGAAGCUGCGCUAUCAAAUAGACCUCGCCGAUCUCAAUGCCGUAACGUUUCUGAAGGAUCCCAAGCAGAAACGCCAAAACGUCUUUGGGCUCUUUUCGCCUUCCAAGAACUUUCACCUGCAGGCGCGCUCCCUGCAAGAUGCGCGCGAGUGGGUAGAGCUGAUACGGAAGGACGCCCGCCUCGAGGAGGAGGAAGGGGUCAUGUUUCUCGCCAGCCCACUCGCCCAAAGUCUUCCACCGACCGCGCCGUGCGCCAUACCGCCUAACGGCCUCACCAACAUUGACGAGCAAAUAAACAGCAUGCCUGAACGAUUUCUCUCCAGCUCCCCUGAGACGUUUGACCCGCCGGCGCCGGGGUUCUUGGGCCACCGCGACAACUCCAUCAUCGACUCCUCCGGCGGGGAGAUUGCCUCCCACUCUGACAUGUCCGACACCGACUUUCAGCGCAUCCGCGACGGCUCUAUGGAGAGCCAGCUGCCUCCUGGCCAGAUCGAGGUCGGCUCGAUACCGCCCGGCUCCGGCCUACCCUACCGCCCGACCGCCCAGCGCUCCGCCAGCCAGGUCAGCGUCGCCAAUCAGGAGCAGGAACUCGACCGGGUCGUCUGGCAGGGCUGGCUAUGGCAGCUCAAGAGCAAAGGCGGCGUCAAGCAGUGGAAGGACAUGUGGGGGGUGCUGCGCCGGCGCAACCUCAUACUGUACAAAGACGAGUCCGAAUAUCUUGCGCAGUGGAUCGUGCAGCUGUCUGUCGUCGUCGACGUUGUCGACAUUGACCCCGUCAACAAGAGCAAGGAGAACUGCCUGCAAAUCAUCACGGAGGAGAAGGGCUUCAAGUUUUGCGCCCACGAUGAAGAGUCCCUUGUGCAAUUUAUCGGCGCCUUCAAGAGCCUAAUUGCGAAGCGCAAGGCGCUCGAGUCGAGACUUGCGGCGUCGUAUUCAUAA